GCGGGGCGGCCUCCCUCCCCCCGGCCUCCUGCGCGGGCUCCGCGGACCCCGGCGACCUUGGGCCGACGCGGCGGCCGGGCCGGGCGAGGGGGAGGGGAGCGCCCGGGGCUGUCGCUUCGGUUGGUUCGCCCGCCGGCGGCGGGGAAGCGGCCCGGACGCCCCGAGGGGCAGCGCAAGGGCGGGGACCCCGCGCGCCGGCCCCGCCUGGCCCCGGGGAGUGCGGGCUGCGGGGUGCGCGGCGGGCCUGUGGGGCGGCGGCCCCGGGCCUGACCUUCCCUGCCUUCUGCCGGCUCCGUAUUCAGUGUUCUUUUCCGAGGAAACGAUGGUGACGGACAGAGUUUGCCAUUUUUAAGAAAUGCUACUUGCAAAAUGAAACCUGCAUGCGUAGGGCUACUGUUUGUUUUGGGAAUGUGGUCGGUGAGCCGGGCAUGCCCGUCCGGCUCCCCGGCUCCGGCGGAGGAAGACUCGUCUCAAGGUCAUGGCUGGAGCUGGUGGAGUCGUCAUUUGACUGUUGUCCACCCUCCCGCGGGCGCAGACCUGGGUGGAAGUGGAGUUACUGGUCAGAGGACAGUCAGAUUUGGGAGAAGUGGCCCCCGAAAUAAAAGCCUCUGAGAGACCAGCAGCUGUGGCCAUUGCAGGAUUCAGUGUUACACAGGUGAUGUCACACUGCUGUCCAUUGGCCUGGUGGGAGCAUAUCAUAACUGCCGCCCGAGACAUGUCUGGGCUGACUGACCAGUUUCUAAUCUGGGCAUCUCUGAGAGGGAAAGGUGUAUGUUAUUGGGACCACAGAUCUGGAAUGGAGAGAAAUGGAAGGAGAUGACUGCGAGCUUCAGUAUGGAGAUGGUAUGAACGAGGCUCAGGAAGGUGACUUUCCAACAGUGGAGAGGAGCCGGCUGCAGGAAAUGCUGUCGCUGUUGGGACUGGAGACACACCAGGCCCAGAAACUGGGCCUGCAGGACGCCCUGCAAAUCAGCAGUGACAGUGUGAGGAACUGGGCGCCUCAGGCCCCCAGAGACCUGCCCUGGACCUUCCUGAGGAAGCUGCAGGCCCGCAGCGCUGAGGCCCGGAGCACUGCAGUGCUGGCCUCGCCCUCGGGUGCCCGGCCCGCGGAGAAGGAGAGCCAGAUGGAGGAGGAGGUCAUCUACUGGGACACAGCCGACGACAUCUCCGCGGACAUCUACUCCUUCUCGGAGCUGCCCACGCCCGACACGCCCGUGAACCCCCUGGACCUGCUCUGUGCCUUGCUGCUCGCCUCCGAUGGGUUCCUGCAGCAGGAAAUCGUGCUGAGAAUGUCUCUCUGCCAGUUUGCGCUCCCACUCGUUCUGCCUGACUCGGAGCACCACGCCCACACCUUCCUGCUGUGGGCCAUGCGGGGUGUCGUGCGGACAUGGUGGGCACAGCCCCCGAGGGGCGCGGGCAGCCUCAGGGAGGACAGUGUGGUCCUGGCCCGGGCACCUGCCUUCGCCUUUGUGCGCAUGGAGGUCAGCAGCAACUCCAAGUCCCAGCUGCUCAACGCCGUGCUCAGCCCGGGCCACAGGCAGCGCGACUGCUUCUGGCACCGGGACCUGAGCCUGGGCACCAGCCCCCGGGAGAUCGCGGAUGGGCUGGUGGAGGUCUCCUGGCUCCUGCCCACUGGCAGGGAGGACCUGGACCUUUGCCCAGAACCCGUGGCCUUUCUGAACCUCAGAGGUGACAUUGGGUCUCACUGGCUGCAGUUUAAGCUCUUGACAGAGGUCUCCUCAGCCGUGUUCAUUCUGACCGACAACAUCAGCAAGAAGGAAUACAAGCUAUUGUCCUCCAUGAAAGGGUCGGCCACCAAGUACUACUUCAUCCUGAGUCCCUACCGUGGGAAGCGGAACUCCAACCUGCGGUUCCUGAACAGGCUGACCCCUGUGCUGAGGAUGGACCACUCCCACGUGCUCGUCAAGGUCAGCAGCACAGACGGUGCCCGCUUCACGCGCAGGGUCCGCGCCAUUGUGGCGAGCGUGGCCCGGUCCCCCUGCAGGAGGGUGUCUGUGGAGGACAUGGCCCACGCAGCCCGAAGGCUGGGGCUGAAGGUGGACGAGGACUGUGAGGAGUGCCAGCGGGCGAAGGACCGGAUGGAGCGGAUCACCAGGAGCAUCCGAGACCCCGAUGCCUACCGCAGGGAAGAGCUGAGGCUGCAGGGAGAGCCGUGGAGGAAAGCAGCUCGUGUGGAGAAGGAGCUGUGCCAGGCGCAGUGGGCGGGGGACCCGGCGGACAAGCGCCGGGCCGAGCUGAGGCAGCGGCUGCUGGAACUUCGCACACAGCAGAGUGGCCACGACCCUGCGGGGGGCGUGCAGGAGUUCAUUGCGGGCAUCAGCUGCCCCUCUCUGGGCGAGAGGCAGUAUUUCCUGAGGUGGAUGGAGUGGGGCCUGGCCUGGGUGGCCCAGCCAAGGCCAAGGCAGCUUCCAGAGGCAGCUCCGACCCUGAGACCAAAGCAGGGUGGGGCUGGGGACCGAGAGCCGCUCUGGCCGGAGCCCUUGGGGGUGGAGCACUUCCUGCGGGAGAUGGGACAGUUUUACGAGGCAGAGAGCUGCCUGGUGGAAGCUGGGAAGCUGCCCACAGGCCAGAGGCGGUUCGCCCACUUCCCAGGCUUGGCCUUGGAGCUGCUGGUGAGGGGGCUGCCCCUGGAGCUGGUUGACGGGAGCACGCGGAGCACCCCCCUGCGCUGGGUCACGGGGCUCUUGAAGGAGCUGCACACGCGCCUGGAGAGAAGGUCACGCCUGGUAGUGCUGUCAGCGCUGGGUGUGCCCGGAACCGGGAAGUCCACUCUUCUCAACACCAUGUUUGGGCUUCGGUUUGCCACUGGGAGGGGUCGGGGUCCUCGAGGGGCCUUCAUGCAGCUUGUCACAGUGGCCGAGAGCUUCAGCCAGGACCUGGGCUGUGACCACAUCCUGGUAAUAGAUUCGGGAGGGUUGAUAGCAGGCGCCCCGGCCACAGCUGGGGAGCGCUUUGAGCUGGAGGCCUCCCUGGCCACUUUGAUUAUGGGGCUGAGCGAUGUCACCGUGAUCAGUUUAGCGGAAACAAGGGACAUCCCACCGGCUAUUUUACAUGCCUUCCUGCGGCUGGAGAAAACGGGGCACAUGCCCAACUACCAGUUUGUGUACCAGAACCUUCAUGACACGUCUGCCCCUGGCCCGAAGCCACGGGAGAGGAGGCCGCUACUGGAGUCACCCUCGGACAUGAGCAGAGCCUCCACACACGUGGCCAAGCAGGGAGACGGCCUCCGGACGCUGGCGGACCUGGCCUUCUGUGACCCCGAGAAGCAGCACGUCUGGCAUGUUCCUGGCCUGUGGCACGGAGCGCCUCCCAUGGCUGCCGUGAGCUUGGGGUACAGUGAGGCCGUGUUUGAGCUGAAGAGAUGCCUGCUGGAGAACAUCAGGAACGGCCUGUCCGACCCCCACAGGAAUAUUCAGCAGCUCAUUGAGCUGGUGGGACUGCUGUGAGCGUGGCAGCUCGAGGGCGUCCACCUGGGGCUGGCCCCUGAUGCGCUGCUGUCCUGCCCAUGGGAGAAGGUAGAAAAGCAAAAGACGGGUCCUGGAGUUUCCUACCCUAUUAAGCUGCAGAGGCUGUGGGUGUGGAGCAGCUCUGGGGGAAUGCAUCCAGGACUAUGUCUCAGCUCCUUGGGCGGCCUGUGGUGGGGCCUCUUUCAUCGGUGCCUGGAGUGGAGAGGUGCUCUCUCUCCAUCACGCAGCCGGCACACGCGUCCCAGGAGAGGGGUGGGGAAGGGGCCCCAGGAAACAUACAGGCUUCCCUCCAGUGCGUCGUCGGUGGGUCCAUGCUGCCUGGACAGAGCGCCCAUGUGGCAAGUCUAUUUAUCGCCUGACGUGAAGCCCUCCCCGGCCCCGCCCUGCUCACCCUGCUGCACCUCGUGCCCUGCAGCACCUGGAAUACAGCUCCCCAUGACAGGAGCACGUGCUCACGGGCCAGCCCCGCCCCCAGACUGUGCGCUCUUUGAGGGCGGGCUGUGUUACCCAACUUUGUCCCGCCAGGGCCUGGUACACUGUGGGCGCGUUAAUAAAAGUUUGUGAAACGAAUGGAUGCGUGAGUGAGGGGAGCAGGCGGUUCCUCUCCGGGCCUGAUGUUCCCGCUUCCUCCGAGAGGAUCAGUGUUUUUCUGAGGGAGGGUGUGCAGGGGACCCCUGAGAGGAGGUCCCUUCUAGGCUGUUACUGGGAACAGGAAAUGUUCCUGCAACCAUCCCCAUCACUGUCCCCUUCUGUAGGGAGGGAAGGGGUCCAGAGCAGUGGACCUGGGAGGGCAGAGCUGCUAGGGAGCCGCUGCCCUAGGCGCCGGGCCUCCACUUCCUGGUUCUCGUCCCCAACGCCCACACAGCAGGCUCACCCACCGGACCACGGUGCCAGCCCUGACUUUGCUGUCGUGCUCCUGGGACCAGCCUUCUUCCCUGCCACCAUUUGAGCCAGAACUUGGGGCCCCUCUCUGGUCGAUUCUCCAGCUGAAGUGCUGGCCUGCACUGGCCUCAUCAAGGUCACUGCCGAGCCACGGAGCCAGUCCCAGCAGUGGCACCAGCUCUGGGGAUCUCAGCUCAGUCCUUGGGCCUCCUCCCCUCUUUUGUGGCUUCAGGAAAACUCGGCCGGAGGUGGUGGCCCGAGCUCCUCUGUGCCCUUUAUUCCUUUUGCAGACUCGGUCAGUGAGCCUCGGUCUGGAGCAGCUUCCUCGAGCCAGGCCCCUCGGCCCCUCGGCCCCUCGCUGCAUCCCAGGACACCGUGGCAUCCUUGGUGUUUGGGAUGUUGUUGCCGGGCGCUGUGAGUCUCAAGACUCAACUCUGGAAACCUAACCUGCGGAAAACGUUUUCUCUUCUGAAACUUAAGAGUCUGUAGUCCUCAGGCACUGGAAGCUCAUCUCUUUCUGGAUCAGUAAGUGACACACGUUUUUAGGUGUUGGUUCACAGGAAAUACCUUAUACUUCCCAUUACUUUGCUUCUCCAGCUCAGUGGGACGUUCACCCAGGAUCCUUCUGGGCCUAAAUCCAGGCACUGGGAACCUGUCUUAGAAUUGCUGUAACCCCUUUAAAAUUGAGUCCAGCUAUUCCAGAAAUCUGACCUGGGGAAGCUAGCCCUACUGGUUCCCUACCAGUCAAGGGUUCUUUUUUUCUUCUUCAGUCAAGGGUUCUUUACGAGGGGGUCUAUCCAUUGUCCAAAGUUAAGGUUCAGUUAUUGAAUUCCUGAAAAUCAGGUGUGUGAUUUUCCUUCUGGGAAGAGAGUUCAUAGCUUUAAAUGGAUUCUCAAAAGGCUGAGCUUCUUUUUCUUGAUGAUACAUAAAGCAGUGUCUGCAACUGAUGUUAUCUUAGUUGUACUGAAACACAGUACCUGGCAGGGCUGGUGUUAGAAAUUUGUACGGACGUAUGCCUGGUAUGGUAGCUCUCCCCAGCUCCUCAGAUGUGAGUGAGCCCGGGAAAGAAAAAUCCUUUCUCUUUUUUCUGAGUCAGUAGUAAAAAAAAUUACUUUGACUAUAAACCUAUCCCGGUAUCCUAAGACGUCAACAAAACCAAUUCGGAGUGUGGCUUUCCCAGCACAGAGUCAGGAUGCAGAGCAGCGCCGGGGGUUUGACCCUGGUGUGGUGACUUUUACCUCUCGCCUCACAGCCCCCAUGUGCUGUCCUGGGCCUGGGCCUCCUUCCACCGCCCCUGGCUCUGUCUGCCCAGGCAGGCACUUCUCCCUCAGGAUGCAGCCCCACCUCCACCCUACCCUCUAAGAAGUAGGGCCUGUGAGAGCUCCAGUUACCGUCCUGAUCUUCUGUCUUGUCUGCUUUUCUGCCCCCCGUCCCCUCUCCAAGCUUCCUGCUCCUGGAGGAAGGUGAUGUCAGCCACUUUGGAGUCCUGAUCUAUCCUGGGGUCUGAGAAUCAGAAGUGAGGUCUGAGUUGCUGGCAUGUGAUGCCCAUUUUCCCAUCCACUACUGCAAGCCCUGGAGUGUGGCUUUCAGCCCCAGGUUACUGGCAAAAGGAACAGGGUGUUUGGAAAUGGCUCCGUCAGGAGACUGGUUACUUCAGCACCCCGAAGCUGAGGUCAGUAGUGCCACUCCAUUCUGUGCCUCAGCAGCGGAGAGGGGGCUGGAGAAGGACCAGGGUCAGAGCCCCUUGGCUACCCAUAAAGACAGCAGAGGACGGAGCUGGGACUCGGGUUCAGUUGUGGUUUGGCUUAGUUCCCAGAUGAGAGCUUGGAGCCUUGGAUUCUUCCUGGUGAAUGGGCCGGACACUAGGAGAAAACAAAUCACCAGUAGCCAUUUUAUUUAUUUUUUAAUCCUUAUUGUUAAAAGUAUUACAUAUGUCCCCUUCGUUCUCCCAUUGACCUCUUACUACCAGGAGUGAUUUUGAAGUACAGGUUUAUAAAACAUAAAGUGUGAGCUGAGGAUGUUAGUCUUCCCAGGAGGACCAGUGUGAGUCGGAUUGUCUGGGCUAAGCCUGCAGCCAGCAGGAAGGCAGAGGGCUCUCUGGCUGGGGCACCUCUCCCUGAGGCUAGACUCACCAGAUUCCUGGCUGGACUGUGCAAAUCCAGAGGCCCAGAGGCCCCCUCACACAGUGUCACCCACAGUGGCCAGUGCCCUAUCUGAUAGAGGCAAGCCCUUGGGCUGUACUGGACAGCCCAUCUCGAAGGCGUCCAGACCACCCAGCAGGCCCCUCCUCUGCCUUGUGGUCCAAGAGGGGCAGGUGUGGACUAAGCCCAUCCCCUCUGAGUGACCUGGUCUAAGAGCUAGACCAGCCUCCCCGCCAGGUGCCCCUGCACAGGUUCUGGGACUCUGGUGCACAAACCUGCAUUCAAGGCGCUGGUUCUUAACCCUGGCUACAAAUAAGGGUCAUCUGAGGAAUACUGGGAAAGGACGGUGCCACCCCCAGUCCUAUACUUGGGGUGUGGGGCCCAGUGGACUCGCAUGUGCAGCCAGGGUUGAGAACCUCCGCUUUGAGAGCAUAAAAGCGACUGAUGCCUGGUGAUCACAAGGGCUCGUGUCUGAGAAAACCACAGUUGCACAUCCUCCUCUUCCUGGGCCCUUGGUGUGGUCACUUGUUUCUAGACGUGGCUUUCCUCACCCAGGAAGGGUCAGUCCUAAGCAGUGUGUGCUCAGCCCCAGACCCCACCAUUCCCGAUCCUACGUGGCUCUGAAGGCUCCCACUCACAGAUGCAGUGGAGCCCAAACACUUGCUACCAUUGCUCGUUCUAACCUCAGCUGAAUCUCUGACCUCCAUCUUCUCUCUGCAAACCCUGUGAAAGACAAUAUUGCCUUUCACAGGAUUGAUGGGGGAAGAAGGCAAGUGCAUCAAAACACAACAGGUGAAAAUUGCAGAAAAAUAAAACACCCUGUUAAAAAUUUCCACUGGUAAUGUAAAACUGCAGCAAUUCAUGCAUUAAAAUUGUCCUUUUAAGUUAUUUUAAUCAUGCACUCACAGGACACCGCUCCCCGCCCCCCAUCAAGGAACCAGCUCCUUUUUGCAACAAGGCAGGUAAGAAUUUUAAAAAGGUGGGUAACCAUGAGAGAGCUAGACCAGGUAGAAUUGCUGGGAGACAUCUCAGGAAUGAAGAAAAAAAAACGUUGAUAGUGGUAUUGCCUACUGCAUUGAGGGCAGACCUUUGACCCCGAGCACAACAACCCUGCUGAGCACUGCCUUCUGCUCCCAGAGGAGUGAAGGCCAUAGUCACCUUUGCUGCAAAACCAGCCACUUCUCUCCUCUGAUUGAGGUCGUGUUCUUGUGAGUUCUCAUUAACCCUAAAUAGCUGGCUUAUCUCCCUCAGAGGAUGAGAAAUCAGGGACUCUAUUCUUAAAAACAAAUGAACCAAAAAAACCCCCACCACUCCAACCCCCCCAUUUAUUAGGUACUCAUUCUGUCAGACAAUUUAUAAUGAAAACUUUCAAAGCAAUCAUCACUGUCCCCAUUUUAUAGAUUAGGAAAACUGAGGCUUAGGAAGGUCCGGUCACUUGUCUAAAUUAUACACUAGGAAGCAGGAAUUCAGAUACCAGCUGCCAUGUUCCUCAGCACUUUGGAGUAAAUUUAUAAAAAAAAUUUAUACACACACACACACACACACACACACACACACACACACACACUAGAGGCCCAGUGCACAAAUUCAUGCAUGGGUGGGGUCUGGGCCAAUUGACCACAGGCGGUUGGCCAGAUGGCCCCGCCCCCUGGUCAAACUCCCAGUCAAGGGGACAAUUUGCAUAUUAGCCUGUUAUUAUAUAAAUAAAAGGCUAAUAUUCUAAGUGACCUUCCCUCCGUUCGGGUAUUGGUGUCAUGCGGCAACGCCUGGCUUCCUUUCCCUAGCAACUAGCGUCCUUAUAGUUUCUUCGAUCCUCACAGAAGUCCUGGAGUAGGCAGAUAGGCGACUUGGUGGAAUCCAGUUUUAUUUUCAUUAGCUGGAAAAUGGAGAUUUAGAAAGCUUAGAAACUUGACCCUACUGAAAAGAAGUAAGAAAUGGUGGACCUUAGGGG